AUGGCCAUAAGCAACGCGCGAAACACCCUCGCGUUUACGGAAGUCGACGAGACGAACAAUCCCACAGCAACUUAUGUCUACUCUGAAACCCAAGAACAUCCCAACAAUUCACAUGAGAAGAGUCUCAGCAAACGGGGAAGGGUCGAUGUGAUGCAUCCUUCUUCUACUCCCCGGUCGCCAUGGUCUCUAAUGACCUUGUUUAAUCUGCUCGUUGAUGUCUUUUUGCCUUCGGGGUAUCCCAACAGUGUUACCGAUGAUUAUCUGCCAGCCGUACUCCAAGGCGUCGGCGUCGGCAAUGCGAACGCCUCCCCAACCUCCGCUCUGCUGCUGCAUAUCCUGCAAGACUCCUCUGGCCGAAUCGCCACGAUCCUCUUCGCACAUCGCGUCGGGACGGCUCUCGAGCCCGAAUGCAAGAUGUACCGCCUCGCAGCGGAUGUGUUCAACGACCUCGCCAUGGUCCUGGACUGCCUGUCGCCCAUGAUCCCCGCGGGGGUCGGCCGCGUCGGCGUACUGAGUGCGGCGGGCGUGCUGCGUGCUCUGUGCGGUGUUGCCGGGGGCAGUUCCAAGGCGAGUCUCAGUGCCCAUUUUGCUCGUGGAGGGAACCUCGCUGAAGUCAACGCUAAAGACUCGUCCCAAGAAACAAUCAUCUCCCUGCUCGGGAUGCUGGUCGGCUCCUUCAUUGUCUCCCACGUCACAAGCUUCGCAGCCACCUGGACCAGCCUCGUGUUCCUCCUCACCGUCCACCUGGCCAUGAACUACGCCGCCGUGCGCUCCGUCCAGAUGACCAGUCUCAACAGACAGCGCGCCAACAUCGUCUUUUCCACCUUGCUCGAGUCAGACCCAGCUCUGGAUCCCCAUCGCCUCAGUCGUAGCAGGGUAGACGAUCAUCCAACGUCGGCGCCCACCCCGCAGUCUCCCUUGACAACGUCAAGGCCACCGCUAACACCCGCCGAUGUCUCCAAACAAGAAAGAAUCUUCGAGCCAGACGGUAUCCUAAAAUGGACGUUCGCGCCGAGCGAAUGCCACAAACUCGGGUACUGCCAGAUCGGCGUCUCGCUCGACCGCUUCCUCCGCCUGUCAUCGACAAGUACCAGCAGCAGCAGCACAAGCACAAGCACAGAGAUACGAACAUCACCGAGCCUCAGGACCACCGUUCCAAUGCCCGAACUCGUGUCUCUCUUUGCGAAGGAGGAUUAUCUCCUCUACCUGGUGCGGCGCGGAACGGGCGGCCCCGCCUGGUACGCCAGUCUCGUCCUCAAGAACAUGUGCUCCGCCAGAUCGCAGUUGAAGGCCUGGACGCAUGCAUUGCUUGCCGCGCGGGUCUUGCACCUUUCCUCGUCUGGGGACGGAGACCAGCAGAUCUUGGAUGUGGUAGCGCGCACUCUGGGUUUCCUCAAUCGCGAUGCGAGGUUCGAGCGAUAUCUGCAGAGUCUUGAGGAGGCGGGCUGGGAUUUGACUAGAGCAGCUUUGGAGACAAGCUCUAGGCGGAGAAUUCUACCAAAAAGGCAGGACAGUCGUAUUGGGUAUCUAUAUACAUGCCAGAGAAGGGUGUUCAGGGAUGCGGGCUCCAAGAUGCGAGAUAUGUCAGCAUCCAGAGUCGCAAACAUGAGUCCAUGCAUCGUCAAAUAA